AUGGCCGCCGACGCUGCUGCAAAGAAAACGAUGAAGGAGAUGGCCUUGGAGGCACUGGACACGCUCGGCCGCAGUCGCAAGGGCGUCUCUGUGGUGAAGCUAAAGAACUACAUUACCGGGAAGUGGGCCGUGGACAUGGCUCGAAACAAGCACCUGCUCAACAAGUUUCUCCUCGAUUCGGAGGCCAGCGGACUGGUGGUUCAUGUGACGGGCAUUGGCUGCUCGGGCUCGAUUCGCCUGGGCACUGAGGGGCGAAAGUUGCUGGAUCUGAAGAAGAAGAGGAAGGCCCCAGCAAAGCCCAAGGCUGCCACAGGAGCCGCUGCUGCUGCCAGGAAGCCAAUAGAUGCAGCCCAGAAGGCCGUAAGCAAACCGUCUGCUUCUGAAGAAGAAGAUGAAGAAGACUCGAGUAGUGACGAUAACGAAGAGGACGACGAAGAGGAAGAAGACGAGGAAGAUGACGACGAGGAGGAGAAUGUCCCUCCUGUAGUCGUUGUCGAAAAGAAGAAGGCUGCCGCUACUAAAGCAGCUCCCAAAGCCGCAGCUCCCCCAAAGGCACCGAGAGCCAAGAAGGCGGCCGCUGCUCCUAAGGCUGCUGCAGCUCCCAAAAAGCCAGCCGCUGCGAAGAAGGCAGCUCCUGCAAAGAAGGCGGCCCCUGCAAAGAAGUGA